GUUUGAACUGAAACGUCGGUCAGGCGAAGGUGCACGCAAAUUCCUUGGACUUUAAGCGGAAGGGAAAUGAAUCCCAGUGGUGUGCUAGCUAGUAGCUAGCCGAGCUCAACCCAAAUCCCGUCGCCCUCAUCCGUCCCGCCGACCGUCGAGCGUCCCCCGCUCAAGGCCCCCAGUCCUCGACCGGGCUCCCCGGCCUCCUUCCUCUACCCCACAUUCUCCACUGCCGCGGUCGACAACUCGAUGCCGGCUGCCCGCGCUCGCCGCCAGCAGGGAGCGCGCCGCGGGAUUGGGUUCGGCGUGUUCGGCAACCCGCCUGUUCGUGCGGUUGGAGUCGGGGCGCCCGCGCGAGCAACUCAUCCCCCACGGCCGCCAGUUUCGAAGCCAGAAGGAAAGGACCCUCGCAUUCACGCUGGAGGAAUAGCAGAUUUGGCAAUUGUGCGAGAACUGAAAGUGGAUCUUCUUCAAGUUUUGAGAAGCUCAAGCGCAGCUUUGUAAGGUUUUGUAGCUGAGCAAACCAAUCUGGCAAUGUCUGCAAUGUUCCAGCUAUGUGCAAUUUCUGUAGACAUGACGAAGGCUUCAGUGUUGCAAUGUCAAGAGGUCUGAUACCAUCACCUGAGAAGAUGGAUAGACAGCGAGAUGGCAAGAUCAUGAAGAAGAUCAUGAACUCUGCAUGCUUUUACUCUCCCACUGCUGCUAGCGACUGCCACUUCUAUCAUGCUUCUGUUUAUGAGCUCCAUGAGAUCAUCUGGGCAUAUCCCAUCUUUCAAGAAGGCCUUUUUGCAAAACAGAUUGUAGGAAUCUUCAAAUGUCAUUGGCUGAAGUCGAUGGACAUCACUUCUUGCAUCAACAACCGGCUCAGCCACGGUGAUGUUACGCGUUGUCAUAAGGACCCGGCUGCCACUAUCAUUAUUAGGCAAAACCAGCUUGAUCAUAUUCCAGAGCCCUUUGUCCCAGACAUCAUCAAGCACAAGCAAAAACCGCAUACCCCCGAGGCCACUCAAGAGCAGUUGUUGGAGUUGCCCCUCACUGAGAGAGCUCGCCUCUGCGGAGGGGAUCCUCAUCAGCCCCUUGGCCAUCUCACGGAGGACACCUCGCCGCUCCAUCAUGUUUGAAACAUAGACCCAUGAACUGCGGUCGAAAUGCUUCGUCACAUGUGGGUGGUUGUACACCUUCUUGGCAAGCGUGGUCUUACCAACACCACCCAUGCCCACCAAGGACAUGACACUGAGCUCUGAUUCCCCACCCAAAAUGUGCUGAAGCAACACACCCAGGUCUCUAUCCAGGCCAACAGUAUCUUUGUCAUGAAGCAGGGGAGAUGAAGCUAGGCCAUGGAUCCAGUUGUCGCUGCAACCUGCUGGUGGUUUGGUUGGGUACUCUAACCGACGGCGGGAGAUGUCACUCAGCUGGUUCCUGAUGCGUCUGAUCCGAGCCCCAACUUUGCUCCGUGCUCUUAGGUUACGGAGGAUGCUGCAACUGCUCACCUGACUGGUGUCGAAGACAUCUAUGACAUCCUCCGAAUCAAGCAUGACGUCCCUAAUCUGGUGGACCCAUGCUUCUGUGGUCGCGCCAUCAUCGCCACCACACGCCUCCAUUUCGUGCAGGAAGAUCUGCAUGCUGUGGAGCUCAUCGCGGAGCCAGCGUACAUCCUGGCCUGUGGCCAGGAGGCGCUGGCCGUGGUUGGCUACUCCGGUGGUAAGCAGGGAUGCUAUGCCAUGGAUCAAGGAAGCAAGUAUGGGUUCGGCCAUGGGAAUACCUUUGGUUCUGUGAGUUGUUGGACGAGGACGAUAAGCCCAGACGACUUUUGCUGUCUCUUUGAAAGUCAAUGUCAGCUGGCAGCAUUUUUUAGUAUAAUUUUGAUUUGAGGAGAUAUUUUGCCCCUUGUUUAUGCCAAACGAUGGUAAAUGAAGCUCAAGAACAAUUAUUCCUUCGAUACGAACCAUACAUUGAUUGAUCACCGGUACGUAUUUCUUCAGAAAAAUAUACAGAUGCUAUACUAAGAAACUGAGAAAGCAUUAAAAGUCUUGGAAAAGAUCAAUUAGAAGCACUGAAGCAGCUUUGAACGAGGCAACGUUUGAUUGUGAGAGGGAAAUAGAUAGGAUCAGGCGAUCAGCCUAUAUUCCAUUGUAAAGAAAAUGAAGCAUACUACAUGAUACGAAGUGUUUUUUCCUGUCAUGACAAGAAGUUUCAACUUUGUUGUACAUGAACUGGUACUUCAGUGAUGUCUGUAAGACUGGAAACUGGAUUUU